AUGUGGGUAAGAUUGAAAUCUAAGAGACAUGACAAAGUGUAUUAUUUCAACGAGCAAACAAGGGAGAGUAGAUGGGAUAAACCAAAGAAAACAGGGUAUCACAUAUACCACAUAUUAAUAAAGCAUGAAAAAUCCAGAAAACCAGAAGACAUUCCAGUAGAUGAGGCUUUAGAGAGAUGUAAUGAAGUUCUUUCUAUCCUGGAAAGAAACAAAGAGCAUAUGGACGAGGACGAAUUUCUAGCGAGUUUUAAGAGAUUAGCAGCAAAACAUAGCAUGUGCUCAUCUAAAAAGAGAGGUGGCGAUUUAGGACACAUUGUCAAGAACGAGAUGGUCAAAGAAUUUGAGAAAGUUGUCUUUGAAUUGAGAAUCGGUGAAUUUAAAGGGCCCAUUAGCACUACUUGUGGUUAUCACAUAAUUUAUAGAAGGUAA